AUGCGCUGGCGCCGAAUAGCCCCACCUGCUAAUCAGCUAGAGACUCCUGAUUUGAAUGAGGCUGGAUACCUCGUCCCAAACUCGGCGCGAAGCCGAAACGAGCGACAAUUAUACAGGCGAGACUGGUUAGCUUCACGAAUCAGACGAGGAGCUUUUGGAAGCCGCAAGGUUGACAGGCAUUUCAUGUUGAGAUACCUCUUUUUUGAGGAGGAAAACGACGACGACGAAGAAUGGGGGCCGGUCAGAAUGCUUGGGUCCGGUUCUUACGGAAACGUCGGACUUUGGCAGAAGCGAAACGGCGCAAAUCAGAUUUUGGAUGAACUGGCUCUCAAAGAGGAUGUCAUGAAAAGGAUACGACGCUGGAGAGAAGUUGAGGAUCCCGGCUUCGAGCGACUGCUCAAGGAAGUCGUAAUUCAAAAGGAUCUCAACUUCAAGAACGAGGGUGUGGCACCACAUGUGCGAGGCUACAAGUUUAUGAUGGAAAGGUCUGAUCGCCGCCGAGGAAGAUACCGUACGUAUCUCGAAUAUUGCGGCCACGGGACUCUGGGACGGCUGUGGCGCCUCUAUCGCGCCUGGGAUACCCACCUCCCCGAGGUGUAUCUGUGGUAUGUCUUUCACCAGCUGGCGACGUCCUGCGAGGCGCUGCGCGAUCCACCCGCAGAGGACAGUCUGGCCUGGCCGUCUAGCGUAGCCUUGGAGGAUCGCGGUGACGGAUUCUGCCUUCACCUGGACAUCAAACCAGCAAACGUUCUUCUGGAUUACGCCCCCGAGGAUCCCGCAGAGCACGACUUUCCCCAGACAAGGCUGGGAGACUAUGGGCUUGCAACUUACACCAGUAACGACGAUCCAAACAACCCUUCCAGCUACUGGUGGCGCCGAACAGCGCAAUACGCACCUCCUGAACAAAUUUCUUACGGAGUCCAUUGGACCAUCCCCCCAACAGGAGGCAUGACAAGGGUGUUUGACUUGAAAGGCCGUCGACUCGACUACAAGCAGGCAAAGUUGUUGCAAAAGGACCAGUCUAAUGGUCCUGGCGAGGACGAUGAUGUGAUCUUCGACCAUGCAGUGAAUAUCUACGGGGUCGGCGCAACAAUGCACACUCUACUCACGCUCCGCGGCCAAGAAGACAUCCGACACACCCGUGCUCGCACCACGCAGGCAUUCAAACGGAACGGCAACCACCAGCUCUCGGGCGUCAAAACAAAAAAACCAGGUGUGUACAGUAGCCGUCUCCGGCGCUUGGUGCAUCGCUGUCUUGACCCCCAUCCUGCCGGACGGCCAACACAGUUCGAACUACUCGAUGAGACACGUCUUGGUCUCCGUCUCGCCGAACGCAGACUGCGCAAAGCGCGUCGACAAGCCCGAGCUACCCGUGACCCCAAUGCCGCGGGAGGCGCCGAUCAGAACGAAUAUAAUGACGAUGAUGAUGAUGAUGAUGAUGAUGAUGAUGAUGUCCCAGAGCACUCGGAGAAGGUGUUUUUUCAGGGCCACGAAAUCAACGACAUGCCCCUCGGAGACGCCCACUUCGGUCCCAAGGCCAGCGAGAUCAGGUACCUGUUGACGGGGGAUUUUGUCAACCCUGACGUCCGCAGAAUCAAACUCCCCAAGGAAAAGUAUGGUCACUUGCCGCCGAAUUGGUUUGAGCCGGAAAACAAUUGGAAAACGCUCUACGACGAGUCUGCCAGUGGAAGACAAUGGUUCAAAGACCCCCUUCCACAACAACAACAACAACAACACCGGCAGCAGCAGAACCAAAACCAAAACCAAAACCAGAAUCAACAACAGCCGUCUCCUCCUCCUCCUCAACAGGGAUUACAACCAAUGCGUCCACUGCUGCCCAUCCCUGCUCAUUUGUUGGCUCGGCCUCCACCGCGCAUGAACCGCAGAUAUCCCCUCGGAGAUCCGAGAAAUCUACAACAGCAACCGCAACAACGGCAACCACAACAGCAGCAACCCCUGCGACCGCUGCGACCGCGGCGUCAGACUAGGCCACAGGCCAGACAACAGGCUCAGCAACGUCAGCAGUAG